AUGAGGGAGGAAGCCACCUGCCCCAUCUGCCUGGAGCUGAUGACUGAGCCAGUGAUGAUAGACUGUGGACACAUCUACUGCCAUUUUUGCAUAAUAAAAAAUCUUGAAAACCAGCAACAGCAGUCACCUUCCUGGGAAAAAUUAGAGUGUCCUGUAUGUAGGGCACAGUUUCAAAGGGAGAGCAUCCGCCCCAGUAAGCAGCUAGGAAACCUCAUUGACACCAUUAAGAAGAUGGGGCAGGAGUAUCUGUGUGAAGAACACAGAGAGAAACUUUGUCUUUUCUGUGAAGAUGAUGCUCAGCUCAUCUGCUGGCGCUGUGAGCGGUCAACACAGCAUAAAGGGCACACCACGGUCAUUACUGCAGAUGCCUCUCAGGGCUACAAGAAAAUCUUACAGGAAGUUUUGACAUACCUUAGGGAACAAGAAGAACAAAAUAAGAAAAGCCAACGAAACAUAAGAGAGAAAAGAGGAGAUUUUCAGUAUCGUAUUCAGUAUAAAGAAGACCACAUCAAGUCUAAUUUUAAAGUUUUUCACAUGAUUCUAUACAUGGAGGAGAAAUCUUAUCUAUGGAGACUGGAGAAUGAGAAAGAGCAAGUUCUGAAGAGACUGCAGGACAGUGAAGCUCAGUUGGAGAAUCAAAGGCAUGAACUCAACAAACUGAUCCUUGAACUGGAGAGGAAAUGUGAGAUCUCAGCUGAGGAGUUACUGCAGGAUGUGAGCGACACUUUGGACAGGAUUUCUGCUAUAAACUUCAAUGCACCAGAGGACAUCUCUUUGGAAAUUCCUGUUAUGCUUGAUGCUAAUCGCAUUUUUUGUGAAUUGAUAAAAUUGUUUGAGACUGAUUAUGUUAAGGUUACUCUAGAUCCAGAUACAGCUCACAUGAACCUAUUUGUGGAGAAGAAUAAACUCAAGGUGACUGCUGGAAGGCCCCAAGUGAAGCCUGACACUCCUGCUAGGUUUAAAGACUUACCCUGUGUCCUGGGAUGUGAAACCUUCACCUCAGGCAAACAUUACCUUGGGAUUUUUGAUAUAAGAGGACCUAUGUGGGAUGUCGGGGUUUGUCUGGAAAAUGUGCCAAGAGACAAUGACAUGAUACAGGUUCCUGAGACUGGAUUCUGGGCCAUCAGACACUGCAGAGAUGGUAACUAUGUAGCUCUUACGUCACCCCUAACACCUCUCACUAUACAGGAGCCCUUUGGUUUUAUAGGGGUUUUCCUGGACUAUGAGGCUGGACUUGUCUCUUUUUAUGAUUUGCAAACUUACUCCCACAUCUUCACCUUCCCAAAGGCCUCUUUCCCUGAGCCUAUCAGGCCUUAUUUCUGUAUCAGUGGAGGUUCUCAUUUGUUCCUUGGUUACCGAUCUAUAUUUGUAUAA